CCGCCAUUACAUUUUGGAGUUUGCGUAAAUUGGUCGUUGCACUGUCUUUGUGCUACAACUGCUGUGUGUUAUCAGUGACAGUAUAAUAAGUGCGUUGUAUCGCAGUGUUUUAUUGAAACAAAGAGUAGGGACGUUAUAUCGUAUGUCCAUCCAGAAUCUCAACACUUACGAUCCAUUCGCCGAUGCUAUCAAAAGCUCGGAAGAUGACGUUCAAGAUGGAUUAGUCCAUGUUCGUAUCCAGCAACGGAACGGGCGCAAGACUCUAACUACGAUACAGGGCCUGUCCUCGGAAUAUGACCUGAAAAAGAUAGUGCGGGCAUGCAAGAAGGAAUUCGCGUGCAACGGUACUGUCGUGGAGCACCCAGAGUACGGCGAGGUGCUGCAGUUGCAGGGCGAUCAACGCGAGAACAUUUGCCAGUGGCUCACCAAGUCUGGUCUAGUUAAACCGGAACAACUAAAAGUGCACGGCUUCUAGGCCUAUACAACAUGUUUGUGACGUCAUCAUCGUUUUUAUAAUGAGAUCGUGCGUGUAACCCUAUCGAAUAAUAAAUAAUUAUGUAUCUAGAAAGCACUGAUGUUUACAGAGAGAAAAACAACAGGGUCUGAGUGCCCUUGUGCCUUGCAGCAUCCCUUGUAAUAUAAAUAAUAAAUUUGUCUUCAUAGCGCCGUCUCCUACUUGAAUAGCUUUAGUUGCAAUUGCGCUGAACGAAAUAGUUAAUAAAAUCAGUUUUGUUUUGUACGACAUUUAUAAAUUGCUGUAAUAAUAAUUCAUGUGUCUCAUUUAUUAAAACAUGUUUUUGUA